UUUCUCGCUCGGUGUGACAUAUCCGGAUUUUCGGUCAUAAGUUCUCAUUCCUUCGAUUCUUGUUUUGUGCCUUUGUGUGAACGAUUUUUCAAACUCUAAUAAAUAAGGAGAAAUUAAGUCGAUAUUAUCCGAUUGAAGUGAUCUAAUAGUAAACUGUGAUGCUUUGAAUAACUGGCGGAAAGAAUUUUCUGUGCUCGGUGCUGCUCUUGGGUAGUAGACAAAAAUAAAUUCAAGCGCCGUUUGGUGCUCUGGCGCUACGAAACUUUGGGAGAGUGUUCUUUGUGACAGUUCUGUUUAAUAUAUAGGUUAUAUUAUAUACCUUCGUGGUCAUUAGUUUCUAGCACCCAUACUUGGGAAAAGUCACGUUGCAUCCAAUUUUUUUUUGGAUAUACCACUGUAUUCAAAAUACAUUCACGGCAUGAUAAGACAGGUGAUAAAUAAUAAUCCUUAUCAUCCUGAGAAGCUUCACUAUCAGUAACUUCAGACUGAGAUCAAAGAAAAGUUCUGUUCUUUGUCCGAGGUUUCUAAGCCAUGACACAACAAGAUAGAAAGUAAAACCAUAAACCAGACAUCGUUGAAAGGGAGACUGAUAAAGAGUGAAUAUAAAUGUCUCGUGUUAGAAAGCCGCUUGGAGGAAUCUAUUGAACUACAAUGAACGGAAACACACCUACACAGAAGAGUGUCGAACACUAAGCCAAGCCUGAUGACCUUCCGAAUGGUAUCGAUUUUCUGCUCAACCAUCGUUGUCAAUCCGUCGUCGUCGCUGUUGUUGUUCCUUGCCGAAGACAACAACAAAAAACGGCCGCUUCAAUGGCAAAAUUUGCUUCCCGUGGCCAACGAACCAAACGAAUCCGCAAACAGCCACAGCCGCGGCCAUCCAUGGGGCCAAAAAUGGUGAGCGUGUCCUCUGCCCUGGCCGUGGUUCCGGUGGAGACCAUGCGAGUUCUGAGGAUUGUUAAGCUACGGCUGUUGGCAGUUUAUCAGCUUAUUACGAGAAUCCUAGUGAGCUGGUGGUUCCGGUGGAACUCGUUCCUGUUGCGGAUCAACCAAAGGAACACACCGGUAUCUCGUAGAAAAUUUCCGCCGAACGAGGAAACUUGGACCAAUCAGAACAACAGUAUGAUAGAGCACGUGGAUGGAGAUGAUUUCGAAUGGGUGAACGACGAUGGCACCUCUGCAGGCGCCGCCUCCAAAGAUCAACUGCCGCAACCGAAACAGGUGCUCUAUCCGAGGGAGAGUGUUCUGACCGGCUGGAAGGCCACCGGCUUCAAAUGGAAUCCAGGGGCAGGUAUGAUCAAUGUCGGAAACACUUGCUAUCUCAACUCGACCCUGCAGGCGCUAUUCCAUGUGCCCGCCAUCGCCAACUGGCUGCUGUCGGACAAGGAACAUCGGGAGCGCUGCGUCGAUAGUGGUCAAGAAUGUAUCAUUUGUGCAAUGGCAAAGACGCUCAUCAUUUCUCAAAGCGGCCAAGGAGCAAUCAAACCGCAGCUUGUGUACUCGAAGCUGCGAUUGGUAUGCAAACAUCUGGUUCCCGGUCGGCAGGAAGAUGCACACGAAUUCUUGCGUUACCUGGUGGAAGCCAUGGAAAAGUGCUACCUUUUGCGGAUCCCAAAUAGCAAAGGCUUGGAGCAGUACAGCAAGGAAACCACGCCUUUGAAUCAAAUUCUUGGAGGCUAUCUCAGAUCAGAAGUUAGAUGUAUGUCUUGCUAUCACGUAUCAACUACUUUCCAGCAUUUUGAGGACCUGCUCCUGGACAUCAGAAAAGCUAACUCGAUUGAGGAAGCUCUCGAUGUCCAUUUCGCCAGGGAAAGACUGGAAGAGAUGCAAUACAAAUGUGAAGCUUGCAAGAAGCGUGUUGCUGCAACAAAGCAGUUCUCACUAGAACGUGCACCUUUUGCGCUUUGCAUCCAGCUGAAGCGCUUUUCAAUGCUAGGGAGCAAAAUAAAUAAGCAUGUGGAACUUCGAGAACGGCUUGACUUGUCCCCUUACAUGUCACAGAAAACUAAUAGACCUCUCACCUAUAAGCUGGUUUCGAUGGUAACCCAUCUUGGAACAACACAGCACUGUGGCCACUACACGGCCAUCGGAUGUACUGAAAGUGGAAGCUAUUACGUGUUCGACGACAGUUCUGUUCGGCCAAUCAAUAUCCAGAAUGUCACCAACACGAAUGCCUACAUUAUUUUCUAUGAACUGGAAAACGUUCAGAAUGGUAUUAAAACCAGCGCUAGCAGCACUGCCACAUCUGCUUCGUACGUUCCUGGGAGUUCAUCGAUCGGGAAAAUUGGGAGUUUCAAUCGAACCGGACCGAGCACAAGUGGAAACUCGCCAAUCACGGCGACCCCUCGAAGUUUUGGGUCUAGCAGCAACUAUAGCAACAACCCUCAUCUCCCAAGUAAAUCUGAAAAUAGGCCAAAUUUUAUUGGGCCAAUGCUGCCUCAGAGCCAAAACUCGGAAAAAGCGGAAAAGCUGGUUAACGGGCUAAACCGAUCACGAAACACCUUGGACAUCGAAGAUGAAAAUAAGUCUGAAAGUCUUAUGAAUUCAACUCGUCUCUCACCCGUAUCGUCCACCACUUCCACACUUUCCACUCCGUCUCCGGUGAAACAGACAAAUUCUGGCAACCUAGCAAGUCCCAGCAAGUUCGGCAAAAGUCCACAAAACUUCAAGAGCAAAUUGUCUGCCACCAGCGGCAGUAACAACGGUAGUUUUAAAUCUUCUUCCACCACAUCGCUAGUGUCCUCUUCUGCAGUAGUUCCAUCUCCACCACCUAUCCUACCAUCGAUGCCUAAACUUUGUAAUAGUCCCACAGCAGCGAAGACCGCCAGUUUCGGGGGAGAAAAAAACUCGCUUUACUCAAGCCAAUCUGUCAACAACGGCCUCAAUGGGCACAACAAGACUGGCAACAAAACGCUAAGCCUGGUGCCGUACGAUCCGGAUGACGAUUACGAGGACGAUGAAGAGGAAGAGGAGGACAACAAGAUAAAAACCAACGGUCCCAGUGAACGACUGCACUCCAAAGCCGGUCCGGGCUCAAAGGUGUUUGCUGAAGCCGACGAGGAUUCAUCUUGCUCACCGAAGUCGCCCAGUGUUAUCAAAACAAAAACUGGCCUGUGGCAGGUUAUCGACAAUCGCCCUCAAACCAGUAGCAGCAGCAGCAGCGCCCACAGCAGCAAGAACAAUUCACCUGCCACUUCAGGAAAUUCUUCACCGGCCAGCUACAGCCAGGGAUCCGGAUAUCAUAAUCAAACCAAUAACAACAGUGGUGUCCGGCAGUAUGGAAAUCAGAACAACACCAAUGGUUACAAUAACGGUAAUCAGUACAAAAAUAACAGCAUGCGCAACAACAACAGCAACAACAACGGUGGGGGCGAUGUGGUAAGUCAACUGCAGAAGAUGAGCCACCGGGGAUACGGUGCACCGGUUCGUAGCUGGAACGGUCAGACAACCGUCAUGGAGCGAGAAUUGGCUAACGACCGGCGAGAGGAACGCAAACGGCAAGCCGAAGACGAUCAGGAAACGGAAAUGGAUCGCGGUCGAACGAAGAAAAUUAAAAUGCACAUGAAUGGUAACGGUAAUCAGAACGGUAUGCAUAAUUAUUUCCAAAACUAUCAGAAUCAGGUAAACGGAGGCGGGGGAAAUUUCCAAAACAAUAACCGUAACAACUACAAAUGGAACGGAGGGAGUAACAACGGUGGCAAAUAUGGGAACGGUAACCAAAACUACCAGAACCGUAUGUUUCACAACGGAAAUCACAGAAACAAUAACCACAAUGGGUUUCGUAAUAAACACCAUGGUCGUAAUGGGUAUUUUAACAAAUCGCAUCAUCAUCGCCAACGCGAUAAUGGCAAUGGUAACAGCAAUGGCUAUCAUAAUCGAUAGGUCGCGGGGGUCCCAUCAAUCAGAACCGCCACCAAACAUUUUCGGGGAGAGAGAUUUUUCGUUGGAUUAGGAAUUGUUACUAUUGGAUUACGAUUCUUAGGUUCUUAGACCUAUCUACGAGAAAGUUGAAUUGUUUAUUUCUUCUUUUAACGCAUCAUAUUUAGAUUUUUAGACGUAAUUCUCCCUUUAACUUUUUUUUUGUUGUGUAAAUGUGUAGAUAAGUAGUAGCCUCCGUGAAGAAGGAUAUUUUUUAACAACGGAAAUAAACUCGUCAGCAAAAAGAAGAACAUCAAAGGUUGAUCUUUUGAGACAGUUUAUCUGCCAGAAAAUUGCAUUUCCGAUCCAUUUCUGCGUUUUGUAAACUGAUUCAAAAAAGAGAGUACAUAAAACAAGUUACUCACUUACAAAUUGCUUGUGUAAAUAGUCCUUAGGCAUCUUGAUAAACAUUUUAACUGGAACGAGUGAACCAGUUAACAAAAGAAAAAUAAAUCAAUUGGAACUUCAUUAUUAUCAUGUUGAACGAAUGUAAAUAGAAAUCUAUGAAGCGAGUAAGAAGAAGGAAAAAAUACCUCUAAAAUUGUUUUGACUUUGAAGAGAAAUUGAGGAAAGAAAAGUAUGAAAGAACAGAACAAUAUACAUUUAUAUACCUGUAAACAGUGAAAUAAAGUAGACUUAAUAUUAGCAACUAUAAUAAUAUACCUACUUAUACACCUAUGGCAUAGCGCUUAGUCUAAAUUUAUUAUUAUAGAGAAAAGGAUAAAAAAAACCCACACGCUUCAACGGUCCCUUCAAAACAGACUGAUAAUUUUUCCCUGGUUUAGCGAAAAUAAAGAAAACAACCUCUUCAGAUUUCUGCGUUCAAAAUCCAAUACAAACUGUGCGUCGUGUAGUUCCGCAUAGCGAGAAAUAUAGGAUCAAACAAAGGCACUAUGAAAUUCUGACCUUUAGGCUCGCUCGAGUACGGACGUUCAACAGAAAAAAAAAGUUCCUUCAUUUCUAAGUUGAAAAAUCAUACCAACUACCUAAAUCAUUUCUAUGCAUGUGUGUGCGGGUAUGUCGAAUCAAGGCCGCUGCUCUCGAAAAGUUCAAAACUGAUCGGGUACGGAAGAUGCGGCGGUAAAUUUAAUCUAAAAAUUCACAUCGAUCUUAUUCCCGUGUGGACCUUAAACAUUACGGCACGUGGUAAAAGAUUUGCAGACCUCAUCUGCCAAAAAUGUAUUGACACAAAUCGGAAGUGCAUUGUAAAAGUUGUAUUAUUAUGAAACUAAUCAAUCAAAAAUUAAUUAAAAAAAGAUUAUUAUUCCAGUAUGAAGAAAACCAAAAUCCGGAAAAUUUAAUAUCUAUGCAAAAUUCAGAUAUGAUUCAAAAUAUAGAAAUAUUGGAACGAGGAAUGAAGAAUUCGAAUGCUCUUGUGCUAACUAGUAAAGACAAACUAAAUUGGAACCGAUGGGGGAAUGAACUCUUAGUUGUACAUAUAGAUACUAUAUCUGAACUAAAUUAUGACUACAUCUAUGCAAACGAAUGCUUAUCGAGGGAUGUGCAAAAAAAUGAGAGUGAUUGGAGGAAUGAAUCGUUGACAAAAGUUAGGAAGCGUGGUUUUCAUUUGAAGAAUGAACGAAUAAAAAAAACCACAAAAACAUGCUGUAAAU